UUUUGAACCAAGAUCCCGCGCGAUGUCCAAGCGCACGGUCGACCUGGUCCAUGAACCGAGCGCUGCGGCCUCAGCACCGCUCCUAGUAUCCUUCCGCGGUGGCCCGCCACUCACAAACACGGGGUUCCACUGCCAGGUGUACGAACACGCCGCCAAGAAAAAGCGCAUCGUGGUUGCUGACACAGAGAAAGUCACGUACCAGGCGGCCAAUUUUGGUCAUGGAAACUCGAACGGCGACUUGUCCAGCUACGUUGUCGGCGUUGUGGACAAGGACACAAACACAGUCCAACUAUUCAACGUCGACCAGGUCUACGUGAUGCAGCAAAGCGUCAAGAGCUUCCGGGAGAAUGUCGACGACAACACGCAAGACUCGGUGUCGUACUCGGAAUGCCAGAAGAACCUUGUCGACGUGUUUGGGAGCAAAGCAUCCAAGCGCAUUGUCCGGUCUCGCGAAGAAAACAAGAUCCAAGUCGAAAAUAUUCGCGGAGCGUCGUCCAUCACCCAGACUUUCUCGGAAAAAGUCCAAGAGAACUCGGACCUGCUCGCGGCGAAACGCGCCGCAGACCCCAAGUUCUCUGCUGACGGAUUUGCCAUGGAUGCGACUCGUUUGGCGAUGUUGCCGCCUUGCAAGUUGGAUGCGCUGACUCCAGACGGCGUCUACGACAUCUCGAAAUUUUUGAGCAACGACGUGAUGGAGUCAUUGCUCAUGAAAGCGGACGAAUUCAUCUCGGUCCUGUCGACCAGUGCGUUGUCCGAGUUCCUUGCCCAGAACGACGUGGCUGCUGCCAACUAUAUCACGCAAGUCAUGACGUCCAUGGGCAAGCCGUACGACCGGGAGAAUGUCGCGCUCAUGCUGUACGUCAUGUACCUCGUGCAGUUCUUCCAAGCGCGGUAUCCGCUGCAAGCCAGUGCUGCCUCGCUCAGCGAAACCAUGAACGUGCCGCAUUUGGUCGUCAAGCAAAUAUUGGGCACGUUCGCCGAAGCCACGGUCAACUCGUACGGGAAGACCAGUUAUGCGCAAUCGAAGGUCCUGAAGGACAAACUCCUGCUAUAUUUGCUCGUGGUGGCGCUAACCAUCGGCGGGUUCAGCCUCGAUGUGUCGGCUAUCGCCGCCGAUCUGAAGCGCGCCCCGUCCAACAUCAUCGGGUACACGAAACAAGUGGGAUGCCGAGUCGACAAAGUCAAGACAGACUCGAGUGGUCUAGGCGGCAAGAAGAGCGAAAGUUUCCGCGCGAUCUUGACCCUGCCACUCCAGUUUCCGUCUCUCAAGAAAGGCGGGCCAUCUCGACGUUAACACUUAUCAAUUUCAUCUUGCGUACUUACGUCACCAAA